AUGCUAGAUUUGAAAAAUCAACGUCAAUCGAUUCGAGCUUCUUUGUCCAAUCUCAAUGAGAAAGACAAGAGUGAUUAUCGAAUUCGAUUAAAUGCCUCGAUUAAUGUGGUAAGGUUUCUCCUAAGAAAUGGAUUAUCAUUUUGUGGUCAUGAUGAGAGUGAAGAUUCCGAAUACAAAGGUCUUUUUCUUGAACUUUUGGAAUUUCACGAAAAUAACCAUCCGGAUGUGGAAAAGGUAAUAUUACAACAUGCUCCAAAAAUUGAUAUGAUGAUUUGUUCAACAAUUCAAAAGGAUAUCGUGGAUUCUUGUGAUAAAGAAACAAUUAAAGCUAUCAUCAAAGACUUGGAUGGUGAUUAUUUUGGUAUAUUAGUUGAUGAAUCAAAGGACAUCUCACAUAAAGAGCAAAUGGCCCUAGUCUUGCGAUACAUUGACAAAAGUGGAGAGUUGAUAGAGUGCUUUUUGGGCAUUGUCCAUGUGAGUGAUACAUCUGCAAGAUCAUUACGGAAAGCAAUUUAUUCUUUACUUGAGAAUCACUCGCUAUGUUUAUCGAAAUUACGCGGACAAGGUUAUGAUGGAGCUAAUGCUCCAUCUGCAUAUUGUAUUCACUAUUUUGCUCAUCAAUUGCAAUUGGCACUUGUCGCUCUAUCUAGAAAACACUCAGAUCUGAAAAUUUUCUUUUAUGUUGUCACUAAUGUAUUGAAUACUAUUGGAACAUCUUUUAAGCGCAGGGAAUUACUUCGACAACACCAAGUGGAGAAGUUGGAAGAAUUGCUUAAAGCUGGAGAAAUUUUUACUAGGCAAGGAUUGAAUCAAGAACGUGGUCUCCAACGACCAGGUGAUAAUCGUUGGGGAUCUCAUUUUAAGACCUUGGAGAAUUUCAUGAUUAUAUUUUCUUCAAUUGCUAAUGUACUUAAAGAUAUGAAAGAAGAUUCUCCACUCAAGCUUGAUAAACUUGCAGCAGGAAAUCUUUUGCAUAACAUUCAGGAAUUUGAAUUUGUCUUUAUUUUGCAUUUGAUGUUCAAGGUGUUUCUUUUUACAAAUGAAUUGAACAGAGCUUUACAAAAGAAAGAUCGAGAUAUCGUCAAUGCUAUGGAGUUGCUUAACCUUGCAAAGAUAAGAUUGCAAAAAAAUAAGAGAAAGUGA